ACUGAUGAGAGCCGGCACUGAGAGGCAGCACUGCUCCUUCCCUCGCACCCCCGGCGCCUCCCGCUCCGCUCCAUGCAGCAGCGGGGCCAGCACGCCCGGGACUGCCCCGCUCCCCGCACCGUGAGUACCGGCACCGGGCAAACUUCGCAGGGCAACUUUCCCCCCUCCCUCCCCGACUCCCCUCUCCUUCUCCCUUUCCCCUUUCUCCUUCCCCAGCCCCGGCGAGCAGGGCUGCUCGGAGGGCCGGGUGGGCGGGUGGGGAGCGGCAUGGUAACGCCGAGGGGAAAGGCGGAUAAAAGGCCCCCCCCCACCGCCUCGGAGAGCCCCCGGCCGCCCGGAUCCACCCCCUCUCCCCCCGGUGCCUUUCGGGGGGGACCGGCAGCCAGCAGGGGGAUCAGGUGCCGGGGGCCCGGGGACGGCGCUGGGCGGGGGGACCCGACCCGACCCGGAGCGCGGAGCCCUCGCUCCGAAACCUUUCCCUUUUUAACUCUUCUAUUAUUAUUAUUAUUUUGCGUUUGGAGGGGCAGCGCGGGGAGUUGUUUCCUCGCUUCCCUCCGCUGCGAUCUCUCUCUGUCCGCCGUUGCUCCGGGCAGCAACGAUUUCAUUUCCCAGCGGCUGCAAAACAAAAACUUUUUCAAAGGAAAUAAGCAGAUCUGCUGCCCGUGCCACGCGCAGACCCUCCGCUUUUCUUUUUCUGAUUUUUUUCCCUUUUUUUCCUCUCCCCCCCCCCACCCCCCCUCCCUUUUUCUGUUUAAAACACGCGAGCGUUUUUCUUUUGCAAUACAAGCGCCCGCAGCACCGCCGGGCUCUCUGCACGCCGAGCAGCCGGAGGACCCCAUUCCCUCCGAAGCUUUCCUUUUUCAUUUUAAUUUUUUCAUUUUAAUUUUUUUAUUUUUUUAUUAUUUUUUUGUCACCGGGCGAACUUUGCCAGUUUUUAAGCCGUCCCCAAAAUGCGCCAUCCCCGAUCGGAAGAGCGAUUUGUCCGCCGGUGCCGCUCAGCUUAAAUUCGGCCGGGGCUGAAGUUUCGCCCCCAGCUCGGCUCCAUCAUCCCCGGCGUUUUUCCUCCCCUUCCCCGACCGCCUCCAGGUAGGAGCCCUCCCGCCCCGCUCCGCUCCGCUCGAACAAAGCGUCUGGAGGGUGAUGACGCUCCAGUAGGUUUCCCAGCCCUCGCUUUGCUUUCCCUCCAGGGAAGGUCGUUCCGCACACGAUCCUGCUGAGGAAAGACACUCCGAUGGACUUACACCGGGCCGCCUUCAAGAUGGAGAACUCGCCCUACCUCCCCAACCCGCUGGCCUCCCCGGCAUUGAUGGUCCUUGCCUCCACCGCCGAAGCCAGCCGCGACGCCUCCAUCCCGUGCCAACAGCCGAGGCCUUUUGGGGUCCCGGUCUCAGCAGACAAGGACGUGCACAUUCCCUUCACCAACGGCUCCUACACCUUCGCUUCCAUGUACCACCGACAAGGCGGUGUGCCGGGCGCCUUCGCCAACCGUGACUUUCCCCCCUCUUUGCUUCACCUCCACCCCCAGUUUGCACCCCCCAACCUGGACUGCACCCCGAUCAGCAUGCUGAACCACAGCGGGGUCGGGGCUUUCCGCCCCUUUGCCUCCAGCGAGGACCGGGAGAGCUACCAGUCGGCCUUCACGCCGGCCAAGCGCCUGAAGAACUGCCAUGACACCGACUCGCCCCACCUGCGCUUCUCGGACGCCGAUGGGAAGGAGUACGAGUUUGGCACCCAGCUCCCCUCCAGCUCCCCUGGCUCGCUCAAGGUUGACGAGACGGGGAAGAAGAUCUUUGCGGUGUCGGGCCUCAUUUCGGACCGGGAGACCUCGUCCAGUCCUGAAGACCGAAGUGACAGAUAUAGAAGCGACAGCCAAAGAGGGCCCCAGGCGUCUGCAACUGCCACUCAUCGUAUGAUUUUAACUCUCCCCCUCUGCAAAAAGAAAGCGACGUUGUUUGACAGCCAGGCUCCCAUCUGUCCCAUCUGCCAGGUCCUUCUGCGCCCCGGAGAGCUGCAGGAGCACAUGGAACAGGAGCUAGAGAAGCUCACCCAGCUGAACAUCAGUAAGAACUCCAUCCUGAAGGAUGCCAUGGCAGCAGGCACCCCCAAGUCAAUUUUGUUGUCGGCCUCAAUCAAGCGGGAAGGAGAUUCUCCGACAGCAUCACCCCACUCCUCGGAUGACAUCCAUCACUCAGACAGAUACCAGACCUUCCUGCGGGUGCGAGCGAACCGGCAGACCCGGCUGAACGCUCGGAUUGGAAAAAUGAAACGGAGGAAGCAAGAUGAAGGGCAGGUAUGUCCCCUCUGCAACCGACCUCUGUCAGGAUCCGAGGAGGAGAUGAGUAGGCAUGUGGAACAAUGCCUUGCAAAGAGAGAAGGCUCAUGCAUGACUGAGGAUGACUCUGUGGACAUCGAGAAUGAGAAUGGCAACCGCUUUGAAGAAUACGAGUGGUGUGGGCAGAAGAGGAUACGGGCCACUACUCUCCUGGAGGGAGGAUUUCGAGGUUCUGGGUUCAUCAUGUGCAGCGGCAAAGAGAAUCCAGACAGCGAUGCCGACCUGGAUGUGGAUGGGGACGACACACUUGAAUACGGGAAACCACAGUACACGGAGGCAGACGUUAUCCCUUGCACUGGAGAAGAGCCAGGUGAAGCCAAAGAGAGGGAGGCGCUCCGAGGUGCUGUUUUAAAUGGUGGCACACCCAGUACUCGAAUAACGCCGGAGUUUUCUAAAUGGGCCAGCGACGAAAUGCCCUCAACGAGUAAUGGCGAAAGCAGUAAACAGGAAACCAUGCAGAAGACCUGUAAGAACAGUGACAUUGAAAAAAUUACAGAAGACUCUGCAGUGACAACAUUUGAAGCACUAAAGGCUCGUGUCCGUGAGUUAGAAAGGCAGCUUUCCCGUGGGGACCGCUAUAAAUGUCUCAUUUGCAUGGACUCCUACACAAUGCCCCUGACUUCCAUUCAGUGCUGGCACGUGCACUGUGAAGAAUGCUGGCUGCGGACUCUGGGUGCCAAGAAGCUCUGUCCCCAGUGCAACACCAUCACAUCCCCCGGAGACCUUCGGCGCAUCUACUUAUGAAGGCCGCAGCGGGAGGGCGGCUCUCGGCUCAGCUCAGCACCCACCGGGAGAGCAACGACGAGGAAAAAAAAGAAGGAAAACAAAACAAAACAAAACAAAAACCACAAAAAGACGUUUUAAAAAACGUAAGGAAACAAAACCAGAGACUCCAGACACGGACUCGAGGACGCGGGAGCAGCGAGAGCCCCGGGGCUCCCACCUGCACAGAGCCUCUGCAGCGGGCGAAGCCGACCCCGUUGUUGUGCAGCCCCUUUUUUACAGCAGUGUUCCCCACCCGCCACGGCUCGGAGCCCUCCUCCUUCGGACUGCGCUGUGCCCACUCUGCCCCAGGACGUUGGGGAAGGGACCCUUGGCAGCAGUGUUGAAUAAGCCGUAACUUGUGUCCUUCGUUGGGUUUUCGUUGGGUUGGUUUUCUGGUUUGGUUCCGUUCCGUUUGGGUUUGGAUUUUUGUUCUUGGUUUGUUUUUUUUUUAUUUUCGUGGUGUUCUAGUGAUAUAAAAAAAAAGGUUUAAAGGAAAAAACAAAAAAAAAAAACCCACACCCAGGCAGAAAUGAAGCACAUGUAAUAUAGAUUAUAUAUGUUUACAAUGUUGUGUAUAAAUGGGAUAGACUCAAACAUUACAUACUAAUAAGUUUCCCUUUUUUUUUUUUUUUUUUGGGUUGUAUUUUUUUUUAAAGAAGAAGAAGAAGAAAAAAAAAAAAAGAAAUGAGCAGAGAACAUUAAACCCAUAUUUUUCUUGGUUCAGCAAAGUUUUGGCAUUAAAGUCAUUAGUUUAAAAGAAGUAUAUAUAUACAUAUAUAUAAUAUAAAUGGUUUAAUGUUCUGUGGUGUAUAUUUCCUCAUUCAGAUAUGAAGUUAACAGCUUUUAGUAAUGGCUGUAGCAUUGCCCAUAACUUACAGAACUUAUGGGGAGUAGAGGAGGUGGAUUUUUGUCAUUAGUUGUAGCUAAUGGGGCUAUUUAUAAUAGAAUCGUUAUCCCCGGAACGACGCGGCUCUCAGCUCCCCACUGGGGGCCGGGGCAGGGCGGGGGGCCCAGCAGGGCGGCCCCAUAGAGCUCUGCCCUCUCCCCCUGCCCCAGGCUCUGGUGUACCCCUUCCUCCCCCCGGGGCGCAGGGUUGGCUGGGCUUGGCUUUGCUCUCUUCCCCUUCCAGGUCACGUUUUCUGGCUGGAGCUGCUCCCUGUGCUGUGGGGCAGCGCUGUGCCAGCCUGAGGUCGUGGGUCCCACAGCCCCGGCUCCUUCCACGCCAUCCCUCGUGUUCAUCCCCGCCGCCCGUACCCUCAGCCGUAACCAAAGCUGCCAUCUGGCCUCUUCCGUUGUUCCUUUUCAUUUUCAGGACCCAAGAAGCAGCUGCUGACCCAUUUCCCAAGGUGAAUGCGUGCUCCCUACCUCAGCUCCCCUCUCACCGUGGGGUCUGCGGGGGGCCACACUCCCUGCCAGUGAUGCUGCUCUCCCCAUACCUGAGGCAUCACUCCGGGCAGCCCCGUGCUGGCAGCACAGCCCUGCACUCUCGGUUCUGGGCAUGAAGCAUCAUGACUGUGGUUGGUAAAGGGGAGCUGGGACCCCAUGGGGGCACUGGAGGAGCAGGCACGCCUUGGGCACAGCACGUCCUGUGGGGGCACAGCGUGUCCUUGGGGACCCACUGCCACCUGCGUGCCAUGAGCCUGGUGCUUUUUGGCAGAGCUCUUUUCCUCAAUGCCUCUCGCAGUGCUUUCAGAAGGAUCCCACUGCAUCCCUCCAAAGCAGGAUCUGUGUUCUGUAAGCGCCCAACCCACGGUGUCCGGCUUUCCGUGCUCUCGGCAGCGUUUGCCAUGGAGGAUUUGCAGCCUUCCCUGCUAUGAAGGGUGAGGGGGGGGGGACCUGCUUUUUCAGGGGGCACCAAGGGCUGGGGUUCGGGGGAUUCCAAGUGAGCUGAGGGCACAGCUGGGGUCACGACCCAGUUGGGGUGCAGCGGGCUGGAGGGCAGGCUCCCCCCUCCUGGCCCUUCCUCGGAGCCGUGGUUCCCGGUGGUGUUGCGGACCAGCUCUGUGUACCCAUGUGUAAAACCGUAUGUAACCCAUCCUUGUUCCUUCGUUUGGGUUCUCUUCCGUUUGCUUUGGUUCUUUUGGUUUUAUGUUCUUAUUGUAAAGCCAUCCCCUGUUUUCAAGGGGGGGGGGGGGGGGGAGGGAGGGGGGGAGGGAGGGGAGGAGGAUUGGGGGGAGGCAUCGCCUCUCCUGUAACCAUUUUAAUCCAUUUAAAAAGGAGAAGGGGGGGAAAAAAUAAGAAAAAGGACAAAAAAAAAAAGACCGGAGUUACCUAUCGCAGCCCAAAGAACCCAGAGUUGCACAAAGCGAUAUUGCGGUGUGUCGAUGAUUGUGUGUCGGUGUAUAUUAUACAAAGAGGUACUUGUCACUCCCGUUUGUAAACUACAUUUGACAUUAAUUAAACGCGUAUAAAUCUUC